CGCUGUACGUUGGUGUUGGUAGAUGUCAAAAGCGAGAAGUUGGCCGGAGCAGCAAUUUCAUUGCUGGUGCUCGCGAAAUUUUUCAUCCAAAAACAUGGAAAUCGCAACCUCGGGGUGGAAAACAGUUUCCAUCAAGUGCGCGGAACCAACGAAGCAUUAAAAGAACGCAUGUGUGUAUGUUUACUCGCUGGACGAGCGGUGGGAGGUAGAGUAGAGUGGUGAGCAACGAUCGAGACACCCGGUUUUUUUUUUGUUUGUCGUUGUUGGACGUCCGAGUUUGUGCGUGGCCGUGCGCUUGUGUGUUUGGUUGGUGAGCAGUGAUGGAAUCGGAAACGGACGACAACUGCUACGAGCGGAAGGACAUCCCGGUGGACAGCUUUGGCGGGGAUUUCUACCACAGCCGAGACGUCACCACCCGUCAGCUGAACCGGAAUCUCCUGACGCACGGUGGCUCCGAUCUGUCACCGGCGGCGGCGGCGGCAGCGGCCCUUGGACGGCCGAUUUCACUGCCCGCGAAGCUGCCCAAUCCCGACGGCGGUGCAGCGGGCAAUGGGCGCGAUCAGCUCGACAGUGGGGACUGCUCGACGCUGAUUCGACGGUACGCCGAGGUGACCAAGUUCAAGCAGGAAACCACAUCCGGGAACAGCGCGAACAGCGGAAAUCGGCUUUCGAAAGGACCUCCAGAAUCCUCCCUAGCAUUGGCAAAGAAACGGCUCAGCGCUUUGCACACGAGCGUACAGCAGCAUGAGGUGGAAACGAUGGACGAUGAUAUGAUGCCGCUGCUGUCGAGCAAUCGCGAACUCUCGCAGGAGGAGCUGUACGAGUCCCACACAUCACUGGUAUCGAGCUCGGAGGGUGGCAUUAUGGCGGAGGGCGAGGAAACUUCCAGCGACGAGUCGCAGGAAUCGAACAGUUCGGCCAAUCACACGGCGAUCGUCAUGAGCCUGCUGGAGCGGUUGCUUCGCUCGCACCCCGUCUGGUUCCUGCCGGGCAUUCAACGGUCCGGCGCAAUCCAUCUGCUCCAGGGGAAGGAGGAAGGGACCUUCAUCGUGCGCGGUUCUAGUCAGUCGAAAACGAUGGCCGUUUCGGUGCGUUUGCCGGCGAACGCAGGACCGUACAUCGAACACUAUCUGAUCCAGUCGAACAAUGGGCAGCUGAGCCUGGAAAGCUCCCGCUUCAAGUUCGACUCCAUACCCGCCCUGAUUGCGCACUACACGCAGUGCUGCGACGAGCUGCCCGUACAGCUCUGCCUUCCGGUUGCGUUGCGGGAGGCGAAGAACCGCCAGCAGCUGUCGUCGCUGGCCCUGCUGGGUCAGGAGUUUUGGCGCUACCCGAUGGCCAGCUCCCCGAAACCGAAACCAAUCACCGGGCCGGCACCACCCGGCACAACACCGUCCGCCACCUCUAGUCACAUGAACACCCCGUCCGAGGCGACACACUCGAGCGGGCUCGGCAUAUCCGUACUUAAUCACACCCCGGUCGGACAUGCGGCGUCGGUCGGGACCGGUGGCACCUCGCUCGGCACCGGCGGCAUGGUGAAUGCGUUCGGCGAAACGCCCACCGACACGUUCUCGACGCUGAGCAGCUUCACGGUAAGCAACGGGCAGACGCUGCUCAGCCCGGAAUCGAUCGACAGUGCCAUCAUGAUGUCGCCGAUGGACCCGCACCAGCACCAGACGGGCAUCAUCGGGAAGACGAGCACGUUCAAGGCACGCAAGCAGCAAAUCGUUUCGCCCACGGCGGCACAGCACGAGGUAGAAAAGCAGAUCGAGCUGUUCAACGCAAACAUACUGGGGCACAGUAGCGGUACCGGUCAUUCGAACGGUGAAGCCACGGGCGGUGAGAUGACCAGCUCAACCUCGUCGUCCAUGGAGAGCCGGCCGGAUGAUGCGCCCAACGCUACCGGCACGCUGGAAAGGAAACCGCGGGCACCAAGGCCCACGCCACCGAACACGCUCAACAUUAAGCCGAUCAGGAGUCCACCGGCACCACCAGCGAGACGUAUUAAGCUGCAAAUAGCAGAGCACAGUCCGACGGUCGAGAGAACUACCUUUACGUUCCAAAAAGAUACCGACUUUACACCGACGACGGGAUUCCCUACCAGAGACACAGCAUUCCAGCGCAGAGAGCCAGCAGUGUUGCCGGCCAGCAUUUCCACCAUUGCGGGUUCGCAGGUUAGCAACACUGUGUGGUAUUGUGACAGCGACAAUGUAGCCGACAAUGGUGUGGAAAAGCAGGCCACGACACAGUCCAACGAUCACUGCCAUCCUAGCUUCAGCGUACCGACGAGCACUCGCGUCAGCCGCCGCAACAAACGAAAAGAGUCAAAGCAUUAUCAGGAAUCGGACAUUUUGGAAUCACCUUCCGUUUACUGCAGAAGUACGCUGGUGGAUAAAAUAAGUGACUAUGAGGACAUUUGGUCACAGGACGCUACCAAAAGCGAUCGCCGGUCACUGCUGGGCCAGCGCCAUGGGAUAUUUGGGCACGAGGACUUAACUCUCAAAGGACUCGUUUCACCAUCAAUAGAGUCGAUGAGUUACAGACAGGGCAAGCUCACCUCUUACCGUGGCCCGGCCGCACACGGUGCGCACACGUACUCCGUGGACAAUCUUGCCGUGGGCAUGGGCGGGCACGAUUCGGCAAGCGAUCGGGCCAGCACCCCGACCGAUCGGCCCGGUGCCCGUCCACCGGUUGCGCUGAAAACGUUUUCCCCAAUACCGAAGGAUGACGGCCGGUUCGGUCGGUCGGUGCUGACCGAUGUGCGGCAACGUUCGUGCAUGAACAUUUCUCACACCACGCCCGUGGGCACACCGGUAACGCUGGAGGAUGCGUUGGGUGGUGCGGGCCAGGAGCAAAAGCAAACCAGCCCGUUCUAUGCCGAUCCAGCCGACAUUCUGAGCACCAUCAUCCGGCGCAGUCCGCUGAAUCGUUUGGCUUCGUCCAACAGUAGCCAGCGCCACUCGGAACCACCAAAGCAGCUGUUUGGCAAUGACGAUGCGUUACCUUCGGCGGGCCAUCCAUGGGGCAACGGGAACGGAUACAAUGUGAAUAACAACUUUGCCGCCUCUCUGGACGAGCUGGCGCUGGAGAAAAACGACUCAAUGCUGUCGGGCGUGCGCAUGCAUGCGCUGAGCAUCGCGGGCGGCAGCAGCGGACAAGGGACGAACGAUUACGAUUCCGACAUCCGGUGGAAAACACCCACCGCGUCGCUGAAAACCAUUGAGCCGGCCGCGAAAUCGCUGCAAAAAAGUACCGACAGUCUCAUGGGCAUGGGCCGACCGGUCACGAUACACCAGAUAAUCGCCAAGAAGCUUCCUGCCCUGAAGCUAUCGGAAAGAUUGCUGGAAGGUAUGCUAGCGAACGAUAGCGGCAUCGGUGCGAACGGUGAGUCAGGGUUCGGCAUCCUAGGACACCGAGGGCAACGGAAGUCGGCGUACGAUAAUGUCGAGAAGCAGGCUAAUGCCUAUGCGUCAUCUGCAAUCAAUAGUGCGCACUCGGACGAUGGGACCGUCUUUUCGGAACCGUGGGACAGCUCCCAGUGGGACUCAUUCCUUCCCAACGAACAAUCUUCGAUGGAAGCGCCGGGCAAUAGUAGCUACGACCACUGCGGCUCGACGGCCAAAGACACUCGCUACCGAAAGGACGGGCAGCAGCACCAGUUACCACAGUCGCAGCAAAAAGUAGCUACAAUAUUACGAUCGCGUAGCUGCCGAGAUCGGGAAAUUUUAUGUCAUCCACGCAACAGAUCGUCCCACAGUGGUCCGGGCGAAUCGAUUGCCACGUACGCCUUCUACCUAGCGAACAAGCCGGACUCAACGUUCUCGCGCAACAUAAGCAACUUUAUCGCCUGCACCAAGGAAUCGAAAGCGGCCCCCCAUCCGCAGGUGGUGAUGCGCAACAUGCGCCAGUUCAUGUCCGGCAUGAAGAACUACCUGGUGAAGCACGGCGAGGGCGACUUCGCGGGCGAGGUGCAGAAAGCGCGGGCCCAGCUAAAGCCGGACGAGUUCCUUAACCUGGACUCGAUACUGGAGGAGGUGAUGCACCGGCUGGUGAUACUGCCGCUGCGCGAGCAUCUGUACAGUUUGUUCGUGGAUUACUACAGCCAGUCGGGCGAUAUACAGCUGAUUGUGGAGAAGGUGCGCUCUACGGCGGGCCGCGGUCCGCUUGCUUUCGGGAUCAAGGGCAAUGUGAUACCGCCGAGUCCGACAGCGAUGCGACAAAUUGCCACGCUCUUUGUGCGCCUGCAGGAGGCGGAGCUGCCCCUGGCCAAGCUGGACCUGCUGCUUGCCGCAGUGUCGACCAUCUUCGAAGCGACGACGUGCUGCAACGGGCAGCAGCUAAGCGCGGACGACUUUCUGCCGGUGCUGGUGAUGGUCGUGGCACACUGUGGCUUCAUCGGUGCUGAAAUUGAGGCCGAGUACAUGUGGGGUCUGCUGCAGCCGUCGCUGCUGAGCGGCGAGGCUGGCUACUACUUAACGGCCCUGUGCAGUGCGGUCCACGUGCUUAAGAACUUUAGCCUCAGCGAGCAGGAAGGAACAUCGACAUUAGAUGUAAGUGUUUGUUGUGUACCACCUUGCAAGUGUCUUAUUAUUGAUUGCGUGCUUUCUCACGUGCAGUGGGAUUCCUCUACGAUGCCAAACUGCUCCUCGGUGCUACGCGUAAUCAUUCCGGAUGAGUACAACGGUUCCAUCCAGACGCGAACGCUACCAAUCAGACCGCAUACAACGACGAAGGAAGUCUGUCGGAUAAUUGCUCACAAGGCGAGGAUAACGAAUGCCCAAGAUUAUGGACUAUUUAAGCUGAUCGACGGUGAAGAAACUCUUCUACAUGACACCGAAUGUCCGCAGGAUGUCCGGAUGACGGCGAAAGGGAAACACUUUAUGAUAGCAUACAAACGGAUCGACGCCAAGAUAGCGUGGCCUACCGUGAUGCCAAAUAAUGCUGCUAGCAACAACAACACUAUGACCGCUAGCGCUACUAAUAACGCUGCUAACAAUGCUAUCAAUACUUCCACUACCACUACUACUACUACUACUACUAUUACUGCGAGUGAUAAUCAUCUAAAAGUAUAAGCAAACAAUGAAUUAAGCUUCCAUCGUUAAACAAUUAAGUCUGAUAUACUCUUUGGUCGUAAGGUUGUACUAUUUUUGCCGUGGUGUAACAAGCCCCACUUGUCCCCUCUUUUAAUCGCUCACCUCAUUUCUGUUCAAGUAGCAGUCCGCGGGAUGCGAUGGGCGGGCGCUGCUAGACAGCAGUUGUAAUUGUAUUAACGCAAAUAGUAUACACCAUAUAAUCAUAUACAAACCAUCAUAUAUAUAUACAAGCGUUAUAUAAAGGCAGUGACGGGCAACGGCGUGGUGUAGCGCGUGGCCGUCAACGCUUCUUGCCCUAGGGAAACCUCACUAUCGAUUCUCGUACACACAUGCAAUGCAAUUCUACUCUGAAUGAGUUUAGAUUUUAAUUCACCAAUUAACGCAUAUAAUCCCCCUUUAAUCUGUAGCAUUUUCUUCUUAUCUGUAGGCGAAAGAAGUGAAGAUAAUUUUAACCCACUAAUGGCUAGAACAAAGAGAAAUCGUGAGAGAGGGUUAGCGUGGACGCACUCCGCGGACACUAGGGUCCGGUAAGCUGAAGCAUACCUUCCUGAGCUGUAGAUUGUUGUUUUAGAGGACCGAAAAGAGCGUAGUAGUAGUAGUAGUAGUAGUAGAAGCGAAAGAUCCGUGAAGUUAGGACUUAUAAUGCCAUUCUCUGUGAUGAAGUGCGUAAAACAGAAGCAUGCCUCGUGCUCACCAUCGAACCCCCCGCCCGUGUCCCGGUUUGCAACCAAAACCUCCGCCUCUCACGAUCGUGUCUGUGUAAGAACAGUUGUUUUAAGCGUUUUUUUUAAAUUGAUUUGUUAACAAUGUUUUUUUUUACAAGCAAAAAAAGAAAGGGUCACCAACGAUGGAGCGUAUGGAGCUUUUAAUUGUACCAUUUAUAUCUCUCUUACCUCUCGUGUGCACUGUGCGUGUCGUUAACUCCUCCAUACUGUACUCCAUUUCCGGCCCGUCAUCAAAUGACAACGUGUGUUUGGCCCGUCAGAGUUUUUGUAGAACAGGUUUGUCCUUAGUUUCAGUCAACAAAAUUGAUAAACAGUCCCAAACAAAGUGGGUAUAGGGACUAGGUGGGCUUAUAGGUUUGGCGGGAAGGCCAUAUUGGACGAACGAAUGACGGGAGGGGAUUCGAUUGUGAUACGUAGUUUUUCACCCAUACUACGACACAUCAAUUAAAACAGCCAUUGGAAUUCACACGCAUACAUCAACAAAUGAUCGAAUCCCCUCCUGUCAUUUCGUUUUCAUUUUUCUACAGCACGGCUGUCAAAUUGUUCGGGAUAAGCCCACCUGUAUAAUAAACCCACUUUGGUCCCAAAUGUGAGCACAUCGAAUGGCGGAUAGUGGUCUCGCUACCAGGAGCUUCCAUCUGCUAAAGGACUAGUCAGGUCAAAGGUCACAAGUAGUUUUGUUGUUGUUGUCCCUCCUGUUGCGUUGUGCAUCGGUGUUUGUGUUUGCAGUUAAUGCAUCUGAGAAGGCACGCUUUUCGUGAUAUCGUUUUACGAGACAAUAGAAAUCUAACUUAUCUUUCAUGCCCCCUUUUUCCCUCAUCUAUAUCUGCCUUUCUUUUUCACGCGCUUGUGCGGUUUAGGCCCCAUUUGCUCCCGGACUGGGCUGUGCUGGGUUGAAUUGCUUUCGCGAUCGCAAACGACAAUGAAUUAAGAGUGAAAACAUGUUUAUCUACACUUUAGACGUUUCUUGCUACUACUGCAUCUAAUGUUACUACUGUAAAGCAAUUAAGUAAUUACUAAUCUCAUUAUUCUUGUUCCCCCACUGGGAUGGUGGGGUGGUCGGAUGCGAGGGAGGGUAGUUUCUUCCCCUCAAUCCCCCCCUGCUUGGGUGCCCAGGACUUUGUAUCGAGUUUUUGAGUGUGUGUGUGUGUGUGCGUGUGUGACAGUUUUUUUCUUCUUGCGUGUGUUUGAAUGUGUGUGCGUGUGAUUGUUUGUGUGUGUUUGUUCACCUUUUUAAUGAAAACACAUACACACUUACCCCCUUAAACCAACCAAUCAACUAUAUGUAUAUUUAACAUAAACUACAACAAAAAAAACUCUUUUUUCUUCCUCAACUAUUUGCCAAAACAAGAAACCCCCUCUUUAUCUAAGAAAACAAAAAAACUAAUAACUUUACCUUAAUUGCUCAUAAUGCUCGUGAUUCGAUGAAAAGUGUGAAAAGUGCAGAAAAGAAAAGGAACAAAAAGGAAAACUGGUUACAGAGAAUACAAAAUGAAGGAAUGAAAGUGAAAUAGUAAAACAACACCACACAAACCAGGCACUGUCGAAACGAAUUGCUCACCAAAAAAAAAAAAACAAAAAAAGGAUAACCAAAAAGGAAAAAGAAAGUGAAACACAAUAGACAUGUUCUUAUCAUACAUAAUGCAUUUACAAAGCGCGUGAAACAAAGCAAGCCAUCAAACAUGCAGUACUAGUUGCAGAGUGGAAAUGGAUUUCGAAACAAGAGAUACAAACGUAGUAGGCCAGGGUGCAGUUAGAAAGGUAGGAAAGCAGUUGUGGUUGUGUUUGUUGGGUGGGAGGGGGUUGGAAGCUCAGGAAUAUGAAUGAUAACUCUUAUACUCUAUUUUUGAUAUCUAUCUAUCUUUUCCUCCCAAAAACGAUCCGUCGAUCGUCCCCCAAUCCCCUAAUAGUAGUGAGAGUGCAAUGGGCAAAAGAACAGAGAACAGAGCAGAAGAAAACAAGAAAUCACAAGCGCACUUUAACAAAGCAACCAGUAAACAGUAUUAAAUGCAGUGAAUUAAUAGCAACAGAAGCCACCUCCUCCACUCCCCCCACUUCUGCUCCCUUUGCUGAUCGUAGAGCAGCACACACACUAGAAACUGUAGAAGAGCUGUGUGUGAUGUAGUGCGUGAGUGCAGAAGCGUAGAUGCAAUGAAGUCCUACUAACCAUUUCUGCAAUCAUUCGAUUCGUAGGCAAAAACACACACAAAAAAACGAUAGAAACUGCUGCCACACUAACUAAACAAUGCAAAAAAAACUAACAGAACGUAACGGAAAGCGCAUUAAUUGUGAAAGUGGAAAACAAAAUACUGAAUGGAAAUGAUGCGAAAGGAACAUUUAAGGCCGAACUCAUGCUCGGCACACCGGCGCUACGGAAAAUAUCUUGCCAAAAUAGGUAUAGGAAGUUUUUUGGAAACAUCUAUUUUUACACCACAAGCGUAUUUAUUGCAGAUAACUAUAAAAUAAACUCUCUCUAUAUAUACAUACAUA